UCCGUUGCCAUAAAAAUGCUUGGAAAAAAUGCUUCGUCGGAUGAAAAAAAAGUUUUAAAAGAGACCAGGUUUAUGAAUUACUUCCGACAUAAACAUGUGCUAAGAUUGUUGACCGUUUGCUUAGAUCCAAAAUUUCCAUCAAUCAUAUUGGAAUUAAUGGAAGUUGGUGAUCUGUUACAAUAUUUGAGAGAUAGUCGAAAAUUGGAACCGUCAGAUUCGCACGCUUUGCGUUUGCAAGAUUUAAUCGCCAUGUGCGAAGAUGUUGCGCAAAGCUGUCUCAAAUAUUUACGUUUCCUUCAUAGAGAUCUCGCGUGUCGGAAUUGUUUAGUAUCCGCGAGAGAUCGCAAGAACCGUGUCAAAAGUGGCGAUUUUGGAUUAACUAGAGAUAUUUACAAUGAUUAUUACCGCAAGAAAGGACAAGAUCUGCUUCCUGUUCGAUGGAUGACACCAGAAUCUUUGGUGAUCGAAAGAUUUACUUCCCAAAGUGAUGUUUGGUCAUUCGGAGUUAUAAUGUGGGAAAUUACAUCGUUGGAUGAGCAUCCUUACACUGGCAGAACUAAUCUGGAUGUGAUAGAUUAUGUACGCAAUGGAUAUAGGUUGGUGAUGCCUCUAAAUUGCCCACCGGCUUUGUACGAGUUGAUGAUGCGUUGCUGGAGUCCAGCAAAUGAUAGACCAAACUUCAAACUGUGUCUCAAAAAUAUUAUAGCUCUAAGAAAUAUCAUGGAAGAUACUUUAUUGAGUCCGUUGGAUAUUAUCUAG